AUGUCCUCCACCACCACCGCCGCCGCAGCAGCAGCGACGUCCUUCUGCUGCCACCACCCCACCGACCGCACCGCCUCCCCCUCGCCCCCACCCCGUCCCAUCGCCAACCUCGACGGCAUCUUCGCCGCCGCCGCUCUGCCGGACGACCACCCGCAUGCCCUGACGUUCCAGCAUCGCGCGCCUGAAGUCAAUACCGGGAUCGUGUGUAGUCCUGGGUUGGGCAGUAAACUGAAGUUGCAGUUUUCGAGGCGGCGGUCGAAGAUGAGUUUGGCGAAAGAGAAAGAUUGCGAAGGGUGGGAUGAGGACGCGAGGGUGGUUAGUACGAGGGAGAUGAUGCGGGAGGUGGAUGGUGGAAGUGGAAGUGCAAGUGGGAGGGCAGGGAAAGGGGCUCCGCCGAUGCUGGAAUUGAGGCGUUUUGGGAGUAUGAGUCCGAUUACUAGUGAGGAUUGUGAGAGGUUGGUGUAUCUGAAGCCGGCGGUGAAGAGAUCUGAGGACGAGGCGGAUGAGGCAAGCGGUACUGCUGGGCUCGCCAAUGUUGUUGCCACUUACCAGCCUGAUGCGAUGGUGGGCUGUGGGAAUCAACGACCGCUGCCGCCAUUGCCGAAAUCGUUCAGCGCGCCACUGCUCCCUUGUGCGGAUGCUGGAACUUCUCCGUCUACGCCAAUCGCCGGGGAGGCCUCGUCCAGGUCUACAGGAGCACUACUGACCGCACGGCGCUCGAGGUCGGACUCGGACCUUGCUGGUGCAUUCAGACGGCAAUCGGAUCAAAUCUGCUUCACAGCUGGCUCCAGUGAUGGUACUGGGGAUGCAUCUGCGCCUGCGUCCGCCGACACUCCGGCUAUUCCAAUAUUGCACGUCCGCGAGCCGACACGAGAGGACUUGCUCGAGUCACCACCGGCGGACCAGCUACCAGAACUCAAGCAGAAACCAUCGGACCGCGGCCUCCAUCUCUACAACAUGGGGAUCUCACAGCAGCUUCGCAGCAUGUCCCAGCUCUCCGAUGUAGCAGAAGACGACUCCAUGCCCGCAUCGCCUCAUCCUUGGACCUUCCAUUACAGAGAGCGCUCAGACCUCGGUCCUGGCAGACGUCCCAGACAGAUGUCGAGCUCGGGAGUCAACAGUGGCAACGUGCCUUCGAGUUGGGGUAGAGUUCGCUCACCGGGCGUUGAGACGGCAUCUUCGGUCUACAGCCGGCCGACGAGUGCUGGAGCCAGUGCAGUCCAGAUUACUUCUGUGAGCGAGACGCCAGGUACGGAGACUCCUGUGCCUGCUAUCGACAUGAAUGCGCUCUUUGCGGACUGGCCUCUAAAAACAUCCAAGCCUUCAGCAUCCCGAGAAACUUCCAAAGUCAACGUCACCAAGGGCUCGCAACGAUCUGGUGGUAGCGCCUAUCGCGACAAACCAUUACCAUCCACACCCGGCGAGAACCGCAAGGACUCUGGCACAGCAUCCUUCCACACAGCAGCCAACAGCGCUGGAGACAGGUCUGUGAGAUGGUCUUCGCCGCCAGAACAUCACUUCAGAGUGCCUCCAAGGCUUCUUUACUCAGCUCUAGCAUAUGCGUGCAAGGACGAUCAGCCGGUGAGGAAGACUGUGAAGAAGCGUCGGUCUAUUUUCAAGUUCUUGCGUCCAGGUAGUCGCAAGCAACAGCAUGCUCCGAGUACUUUUACUAUGUCUGAGAUGGACGGCGAUUUGGAUACGCCGGAGGCACAGAUGGGCGUGGCAACGACUGAUGACGACAAGAUCAGUCCGGCGAAGAAUGCAGGCCACGAAAACCUCAAGACUUACGAUGGGCAGUCGGAGGAUCCAGCUUUACUGACAGUGCAGUACGAACUUGACGAGCGUCCAUCUCGCUCAACCAGAUCCGUGAGCAUGAUCGACUUCGGCGCUGCGGCCAACGAAGACGCAGAUACGCUGAGCCAACUCCCCAUCUCGACCGGACUUCAACGACGUCCAACACACGCAGACUACGAACGCAACCUUUCCGUGAUUGGCGAUGACCGCCGCCGCCCAUCAGUCAUCAACCUGCAAAGCGCGAUGGAAGUGGAGAAAGAUGACCAUCGGGACUCAGUGGGCAUCAGACGCCGAAUCAGCAGGGCUCGUCCGUUGAAGGACGAUGCCAACCCACUCAUGGCUCAAGCGCUGGAGAAGCACCAGCAGGAGAAGGCGCUCUUUCGGUCGGCGAGCAAGCAGCGCGAGUCGUUGAACCCGUCACAGACGGUGCCGGUGUUCAAGUCCUCGCCAUUCAGCUCUGGUGUGCCGACGCCGGAUACUCGCAGCGAGCUCUUGGAUCCUCUCGGCAAUGAUCGUGAAGCCGGUCUUGCGGGUAGGAGCGUGAGCAGCACGCACCUCGCUGUUCCUAGUGCAGCAACGUAUGCCUCCUCCGGCGUCAGCAGCACUGCUGGAGCCUCGAGGGCAGGACCACGAGGGAGCGGAUCGUCAAGCUUGCGCUUGGGCAAGAAGAGAAUCGGCACUUCUCUAGAGUCCUGGUCACGCUACCCUUCUCACAACAGAGGCGAGCGUUGUGCUUCAGCCGGACGUCCUGACAAUGUCAUCACGCGCGACUUUGCGGUCGAUGUCGACCACGCCGAUAUCCAUGAGACUGAUGAGACAGAGGCCGAGCAGACCGUCAGUCCUGGCAGCAAGCGCACGAACAAGGCGAAGCGCUCGAAGGCCCCCCUGCCAAAGAGCCGGUCCAUGACGUUCAGCAGUAUCGUGCGCUACUACUCCAACUUGUUCUCGUCGAGCAGUGUUGGGCAGAACCGCAGAACGUCCGUGACUUUGGGUGGAAGGCUGGAGUAUCCGGAGCUGGAAUUGUUGCCACCCCAGUUGGCUGCUGAGCCGGUCGUGCAUCCUCACCACAAGCACUCAGGCGCUCUCGGCCGCUUCAAGGAACAUGCCAGGGAGGAUGCCGACAAGCUUCGUGAACUUGUCAGGGAAGAAGAAGACAAAGUCGAAGAGUACGUCCACGAAGAAGAAGAGAAACUCGAGACUUUCGUGCGCCGCGAAGAGGACCUGGUCGAAGGCUUCGUCAAGAAAGAAGAGGGCAAGCUGAAAGACUACGUCCGCGCGGAAGAAGACAAGAUCAAGAAGGAAGAAGGCAAGCUGAAGCAGUACGUCCGCGCCGAAGAGGACAAGUUCAAGCAUCACCGUUGGCGCCACCACUCGAGCGAUCGCGAGUCCACUGGAAGGGAGAGUCCCUUCCGCGAGAUCAGUCUGUUCGAGGUCCCCCGUGAUCGCAGCCAAGAUAGUGCGAAGCGCAGGGAUACUAUGGCGAUUGGACCGAUGGACGAUCUGGAGGACGAGGGACCGACGCCUGGUGGUGGCAGCGUCACUACCGACGCAGGCUUAAAGCUCGACGGAGCAUCGCAUGACCCGACAGAGAUAGAAGUGAAGCCCACCACCCCUUCAAAAGCCGAACUCUGGUCCGACAUCUACCGCCAAUGCCUCACCCGCCCCUCCUCAUCCUCCCACGACACCACCCUGCGCCCCCCCGCCGACCCCUCCCGCUCCUCCUCCAUGCCCCCUCCAGCGUUGAAACCGGUCAAAGCCCGCUCCCCCGAGCAGCCGAAACAGACGGAUCCGAACGCGACGAUCCGGCGUUUCCCGUCCGUGACGGUUAUUGAUGAUCGGAAAGGGCAUUUCAGGAGUAUUUCGUUGAUUUCGGUGAAGGGGGGAAAGGAGGCGGGGUUUGAGCGGGGGAGUACGGGGGAGUUGGUUGAGUUGGUAAAGGAGAGGGAGAGGGGGGAGGAGAAGAAGUUGGUGGGAACUGCGGGUGGGACAGGGAAGGGUGUUGCUUUCUGA